CGUAGCCACCCACGCCAAGCUUGAUUUGGGCGACUGCAGGAUCCCCACCAGGCAGAGCUGCGCCCAGUGGAGGCCUGCGUUCCUGCCUUAGUGCAGGCGUCCAUUUGUGUUUGUUGGUUCCAGGCAUGGGAUUCCCCCACGUAAAUUCAUCCCCUCUCUAACAAUUAAUUCAACCACCGAAAUAAUCUCUUGGCGUCCAGUUUUAUGUCAGGCGGAUUCUUUACCAGCAGAGCCACCAGGGAAGCCCUUCUGUUAGGAAGUCUUUCCCACUCCCACCGUGCUAGGAACCUAACUCAUCUUUCCAGCAAGGGACACCUGCAGAGAUGUCCUCUGUCCUUCACUUCUAUGUCCGCCCCUCUGGCCACGAGAGUGCAGCCUCUGAAUACAUUCAAAGGAAGCUGCAAAGGGAACUGCCAGAGCUGCAGGGUGUCAAGACGGAGCAGUGCUACAAUGUGAACUGGACAGCUGAGUCCUUCCCAAGCAACAAGGAGAUGAAGAAGCUGACAUGGCUAUUUGGCUGCCCCUUGUUACUAGACGAUGUUGCUAAGGAGUCCUGGCUCAAUCCUGGCCCCACAGACCUGCUGCUGGAGGUUGGACCCAGGCUGAACUUUUCCACCCCAACAUCCAGCAACAUCGUGUCAGUGUGCCAGGCUGCAGGGCUGGGGGCCGUGGACCGCGUGGAGCCAACCCGGCGCUACCUGCUCUCGUUUGCCCACCCACCUUCAGCUGACCUGGAGGCCAUUGCCCUGGCUACCCUGCAUGACCGGAUGACGGAGCAGCGCUUCCCCCAGCCCAUCCGGAGCUUCUCUUCAGGGUGUAUCCCAGCACCCCUGAGCGGCCCAAUUGACAUACUGGCUGAGGGCCGGUCUGCCCUGGAGAAAGCCAACCAGGAGCUAGGUCUGGCCCUAGACUCCUGGGACCUGGAUUUCUACACCAAGCGCUUCCAGGAGCUGCAGCGCAACCCCAGCAUUGUGGAAGUCUUCGACUUGGCUCAGUCCAAUAGUGAGCACAGCCGACACUGGUUCUUCAAGGGUCGACUCCACGUGGAUGGACAGGAGCUCCCACACUCGCUGUUUGAGUCUAUCAUGAGCACCCAGGCAUCCUCCAACCCCAACAACGUCCUCAAGUUCUGUGACAACAGCAGCGCCAUCCAGGGGAAGGAAGUCCGAUUCUUGCGGCCCAAGGACCCCACACGGCCAAGCUCCUUCCAGCAACGUCAGGGGCUGAGACAAGUUGUCUUCACAGCAGAGACACACAAUUUCCCCACAGGAGUAGCCCCCUUCAGUGGUGCAACCACUGGCACAGGGGGCCGGAUCCGAGAUGUCCAGUGCACAGGCCGAGGGGCCCACGUGGUGGCUGGCACUGCUGGCUACUGCUUUGGAAACCUGCACAUCCCAGGUUACAGUAUGCCCUGGGAGGAUCCAAGCUUCCAGUAUCCAGGAAACUUUGCCCGACCCCUGGAGAUUGCCAUUGAGGCCAGUAAUGGGGCUUCUGAUUACGGCAACAAGUUUGGGGAACCAGUGCUUGCUGGCUUUGCCCGCUCCUUGGGCCUUCAGCUCCCAGACGGCCAGCGGCGUGAGUGGAUCAAGCCCAUCAUGUUUAGUGGAGGCAUUGGGUCCAUGGAAGCUGAGCAUGUGAGCAAGGAGCCCCCAGAGCCAGGCAUGGAUGUCGUGAAGGUUGGGGGUCCUGUCUACAGGAUUGGAGUUGGGGGCGGAGCUGCUUCGUCUGUGCAGGUGCAGGGAGACAAUGCCAGCGACCUGGAUUUUGGGGCUGUGCAGCGGGGAGACCCGGAGAUGGAACAGAAGAUGAACCGUGUGAUCCGGGCUUGUGUGGAGGCCCCUGGGGGAAACCCCAUCUGCAGCCUUCAUGACCAGGGUGCUGGUGGCAAUGGCAAUGUCCUGAAGGAGCUGAGUGACCCAGCUGGAGCCGUCAUUCACACCAGCCGCUUCCAGCUGGGGGACCCAACCCUGAAUGCCCUGGAAAUCUGGGGGGCCGAGUACCAGGAGUCAAACGCGCUUCUGCUGAGGCCCUCUGACCGGGACUUCCUGAGUCGUGUCAGCGCCCGGGAACGCUGCCCAGUCUGCUUUGUGGGCACCAUCACUGGAGACAGGAGAAUAGUGCUGGUGGAUGAUCGGGAGUGGCCUACAGGCAGAGGUGGUCAGGAGGAUGCACCCCCCACUCCUCCCCCAACCCCUGUGGACCUGGACCUGGACUGGGUGCUGGGCAAGAUGCCCCGGAAGGAGUUCUUCCUCCAGCGGAGUCUCCCCUUGCUGCAGCCUCUGACUCUGCCCCCAGGGCUGAGCGUGCGCCAGGCCCUGGCACGGGUCCUCAGGCUGCCUGCCGUGGCCAGCAAGCGCUACCUCACCAACAAGGUGGACCGUUCUGUGGGCGGCCUGGUGGCCCAGCAGCAGUGUGUGGGACCCCUGCAGACCCCUCUGGCAGAUGUGGCGGUUGUGGCACUAAGUCACCAGGAGCUUGUAGGGGCCGCCACAGCCCUGGGAGAGCAGCCAGUCAAGAGCCUGCUGGACCCCAAGGUUGCCGCCCGGCUGGCUGUGGCCGAAGCCCUCACCAACCUGGUGUUUGCUCUGGUCACCGACCUCCAGGAUGUGAAAUGCAGCGGGAACUGGAUGUGGGCGGCCAAGCUCCCAGGGGAGGGUGCAGCUCUGGCUGAUGCCUGUGAGGCUAUGGUGGCAGUGAUGGCGGCCCUGGGUGUAGCGGUGGACGGUGGCAAGGACUCCCUCAGCAUGGCUGCCCGGGUUGGCUCUGAAACCGUGCGGGCUCCUGGGUCACUGGUCAUCUCAGCCUAUGCUGUCUGCUCAGACAUUACAGCCACUGUGACCCCAGACCUCAAGCAUCCUGGAGGGAGAGGCCACCUCCUCUACGUGCCUCUGAGUCCUGGGCAGCACCGGCUGGGGGGCACGGCUCUGGCUCAGUGCUUCUCCCAGCUUGGCGAGCAGCCUCCUGACCUGGAUGUUCCCGAGAACUUGAUGCGAGCCUUCAACAUCACCCAGGGGCUGCUGAAAGACCGCCUUCUCUGCUCAGGUCAUGAUGUCAGUGAUGGAGGUCUCAUCACUUGCCUGCUAGAGAUGGCCUUUGCUGGGAAUUGUGGGAUAGAGGUGGACAUCCCUGCACCUGGGGUCAAUGCGCUGCCUGUGCUGUUCACCGAGGAGCCAGGCCUGGUGCUGGAGGUGCAGGAGCCAGACCUGGCCCAAGUGCUUCUACGUUACCGGAAUGCUGGCCUCCACUGCCUAGAGUUGGGCCUCACAGGUGACACGGGGCCCCACGCCACGGUCCGGGUGUCGGUGAACAGGACGGUGGUUCUGGAGGAACCUGUUGGGCAGCUCCGAGCCCUCUGGGAGGAGACCAGUUUCCAGUUGGACCGGCUACAGGCAAAACCACACUGUGUGGCCCAGGAAGAGCAAGGGCUGAGGGAGCGGGCAGGGCCCACCUACCGCCUGCCGCCUACCUUUCCCAGAGCAUCCGUACCUUGCGAGCCUGGUGGUCCUGCCCCCCGAGUUGCCAUCAUUCGGGAAGAGGGCAGUAAUGGAGACCGGGAGAUGGCAGAUGCCUUCCACUUGGCUGGAUUCGAGGUGUGGGAUGUGACCAUGCAGGACCUGUGCUCUGGAGCCAUCGGGCUGGACAUGUUCCGCGGUGUGGCCUUUGUGGGCGGCUUCAGCUACGCGGACGUCCUGGGCUCUGCCAAAGGCUGGGCAGCUGCUGUGACCUUUAACCCGCAGGCUGGGGCUGAGAUGAAGCGCUUCCGGCAGCGGCCAGAUACCUUCAGCCUGGGCGUGUGUAACGGCUGUCAGCUGCUGGCCCUGCUGGGCUGGGUGGGAGGCAGUUCCAGUGAGGAGGCGGUGGAGAUGUGCCAGGAGUCCUGGCUGGCCUGGCCCGGCCUCCUGCUGCGCCACAACCUGUCUGGGCGCUUUGAGUCUCGCUGGGCCAGCGUGUGCGUGGGGCCUGGGCCAGCCCUGAUGCUGCGAGGGAUGGAGGGCGCGGUGCUGCCUGUGUGGAGCGCUCAUGGGGAAGGUUACAUGGCAUUUUCUUCUCCGGAACUCCAAGCCCAGAUGGAGGCCAGGGGCUUGGCUCCACUGCACUGGGCAGAUGAUGACGGGAACCCCACGGAACAGUACCCCCUGAAUCCCAAUGGCUCCCCAGGGGGUGUCGCUGGUGUCUGCUCCCCUGAUGGUCGCCACUUGGCCCUCAUGCCUCACCCGGAGCGGUCUGUGAGGCCUUGGCAGUGGGCCUGGCGACCUCCUCCAUUUGACACUCUAACCACCUCCCCCUGGCUCCAGCUCUUCAUCAAUGCCCGGAACUGGACCCAGGAAGGCAGCUGCUAAGCAGGCCAGGAGGCCCCGUGGUUCGUACCCAGGGUAUCUUUAGAAGUACCUCAUCAGUUCAGUUCAGUUCAGUUCAGUUGCUCAGACAUGUCCGACUCUUUGCAACCCCAUGAACCGCAGCACU